GCUCGCUAAGAAGACACCGCCGAAGAAGAUCAAUAGGGUUGACAUAAGAUACAUAGACGUACGAUAUUAAAUUUUAGUGCUUUCCUACUCCAACCGAGAUGGAAACUGGCUACGCUUGGUUUCUGGUUCUGGCUUCUGUUUUUCUGUGUAAUCUAAUGAAAACGCUCCUCCCGAGUAUAUCGUCAUUCUUCUCAAAGAUGGUACAGAAAGAUGCAGAGCAAGAGAACGAGAUGAGGGCUGAAAUCCAAGAAAUGAAGAAGGAGCAGUCCUCCAUUAGCAUGAUGGAUGAGUUUGCUCGAUAUGCUAGGUUGGACCGCAAAAUCAACAAGCUGACUGAUAAGCUGAAGACUCAUGUGAAAGCCAGAACGGCACAACAAGCAAAAAUGAAAUGGGUGGUGAACAUUCUCUUUUACAUACUACAGGGUGUCUUGAUGGUAUCUUUGAUAUGGAAGUAUUACUCUGACCCAGUUACCGUGGUUCCAAGUAAGUGGAUCGCCCCUGUUGAGCGCCUUGUUGCCUUUCCAACUGGAGUGGCAGGUGGUGUUGGAAUCACAUGUUGGCUGGUUGUCUGCAACAAAGUGGUCACACUGGGCCUCCAUGCCUUCAGCUAGAAGGUUUAGCUUACAAAGGUUACAUCAGAGUUUUGUCUAAAUGUGUAUUUUCUUUUGUGUUGGAAUUUUUUUUAAUGGAUAUCUUUGAUCACUUCUUUAUUUGUAUUUAAUGACAUUGCAAUAGCGGAAACAUGUUUUUAAUAAAGUAAAUUGGCAAAACAGUAAUCGCCUUGAACACAUUA